CACAGGCUUGGAGAGAAUGCUAGUCUGGAUUUGUUGUGCAGCCCUACUGGUGCAGAUUGCGGCCACAAGCGCUGCUUGCGAGGACGAUUCACGGCCGUCGCCCUACCCCAACAAGUUGCGGCACAGAGAGUGCUUCGACCAUUCCGGCUCACCGAGUGGUGUCUUCGUGUCUGACACCACCCGAGCUUCUCUCAUCCAGAAUUUUGGAUUUGAGGACGAUUCAACGCGGCUCGAACUGUUUGACCGGCCUCCGAUCCUCAGGAACUGCUCCUCCGCGUGGGUGCCACCCGCGUGCUUUGUGGAGCAGCAAAGCGACGGCGAACCCGCCCUCCGAGUCAAUAUCGAGAAGAAUUUCGUCGACCUCGUCCCGUGCCACAAUGGCUUCGUCGGUCCAGAUCCCACCGAUUACGACUACUCUCCGACCGAUCCGGAGAAUGACCUCACCCCGAACCAGCUCCUCUCUAUCUGCGCUGCCGUCUGCGCCCUCGUGCAGGACUGCGCGGGAGUCAUGCUGCACAAGCCGGGCGAGAAGGACGAGUGCUUCCUGCACGGCAGCUUGCCCGACGACACAUCUCCUCCCUGGGCCCUCUGCGCCGAGUGGCCUCUCCAGCUCGGGGGCGAGUGCGGCGCAGGGAGGAAGGGCGGGGCAGAUUUGGGCGCAUUCCUCUGCCCUGCGGAGCCGCGCGACCCGAACAAGUACCUCGCGCCGGCUGGCGCCGCCUUGGACCCUCCCCGCCUGGCGCCCGCAGAGUCGCUGCCUGCGCCCGAAUGGCGGCUCGCCUUUGGCUUCACGCUCACGCCGGACGGCUCUGCGAGCUGCGAGGCCAGCAUCUCCUCCGCCAGAGCGGCGGCGGGCGACUCGUACGUGGCUUGGGUCCGGGUCGCCGACGGCGGGCAGGACGCCAUCACGGCCGUCGUGGGCGCCUCGAGGUGCGGAGGCGCGGGCGAGACACCGUGCGCCGCUGCACAGAGCGGGCUGCUGACGCAGCUGAAGGCCCUCGUUGACGCUCGCCCGCCACGGACGGGAGUCGGCCCCCCGCCGGCGCGAGUCGAGGCGGUGACGGCGACGACGUGGGAGGCGGAGCGGUACCGCGAGGGACGGGCCCACGCCGACUUCAAGGCGUGCAUCGGUGCGGACAACGUGUCGCUCGCCGGCUUGCCCAUCUCUCCCGUGGCGAUGGCGGCGGUGUGGGGCGACAAUGUCGAGUUCAAGCCCGAGGACCACGCCGGACUCAUCCCGUUCUUCGAGUCGAUGGCGGACCCGGAGCACGACUUCUUCCCGAUCCCGCCCGGCUGCUUCCGCGACACGGCGGACAACGGACUCCCGAACAACCCCGCCCUCGUGGACGACCCGGGCUGCGCCUCCUCCCCGCGCGGCUGCUGCGUCGGCAACCGCACGCAGGAGGAGAUGACCUACAUCUGCCUCACCAUUUGCUCGCACGUCGACUGGGGUGGGCCCGGCCAGGUGGACAAGCGCUGCGUCGGCGUCAACUACGACGAGCACGGCGAGGGCGCCGCGCCAGGGAGCGUCAAGAAGGGGCACUGUCAUCUCUACUCCACCGAGCGGGUGGUUGCCGAGAGGGAGCCCGAGUGCCCCCGCGAGCAGGCCCCGGCGUCAAGGAUGGGCAUCUGCUUGACUCACCCGAAGCCGACCGCGCGGACCGAGUGCAGUGGCAUCCUCAAAGGGACCAACGAGGGGCCGAAGCUGUACGACGAAGACGCGACGGGCUGCGGCAUGACCAACUUCGCCGGCGUAUUCUGCCACUUCUCCGACGGCGAGGAGUUAGGCCGCGUGCCGAGCCGCGGCCGCUUUUGCGACUCGAGCAAAGGGCAAGGCUACGACAAGGCGACGGCGGCGUGCGAGUUCUGCAAGGCGGGCACGUUCGCCCAGUCCUCCCCGGAGCAGCGCGAGUACCGCGAGACCAUCCCGCGGCCGGCAGACUACCCCUCGGCCGUGAGCAUCUGCACCGACUGCCCGGCCGGCCACCACUGCCCGCGGCGCACCGGCUGCCCCUUCGGCGCGGACCUGUCCGCGUGCCCUCCCCGCUGCCGGGUUGGGCACUCCUGCCCAAAAGGCUCCAUCUCGCCCGAAGAGUGCGCGAGCGGCAAGUACCAGGACGAGGAGGGCGCCGAGAGCUGCAAGGCGCGCGGCUCGGAGCACUCGCGCCGCAGCUUCGCGCCCGCGGCCUCCCGAGUCGCUUGCGCGACGGAACACACCUGGGCCUUCAGCACCGGCGCAGAGUCGGCCGUGAGCUGCACCUGCCGCGACGGCUUCCGCAGGGCGGACGCCGCGUCGCAGGACGCGUGCGUCGCGUGCGCGCGGGGCCUCAACUGCGACUGGUCGAGCUACGUGUCCGACCUCGAGGACGCCGCCGAGCAGGUGGCGACUCUCAACAACCUGACCCGCUUCCAGUCGCGCCCGUGGCUGCUGCCAAAUUACUGGGCGAGCGCGUCCGAGCCCCUCUCGGCGCUCGUGUGCGACUCGAAGCGCGAGCACCCCGACUGCAUCGGAGGCGACCCGGCCAUGGGCGACCGCGAGAUCUGCCGCGCCCCGCGCACCGGCGAGCUCUGCUACAAGUGCCCGUCGGACCAGCGCGUGCUCUCCGACGGCGGCUGCGGCGAGUGCGACAGGGCGCGCGACGCCGGGCUGCUCGUGGCCGCCCUCCUGCUCGUGUGCAUCGCCCUGUACGCCACGCAUCGGCUCUGCAAUCAUGCGGCCGCCACCGAGCGCCUUCCGCGGAUCGGCUGCGUCGGCGCGCUCGGGCUGCUCUGCGAGUUUGUGCAGGCCGUCUCGUGCCUCUUCCUGCUCAAGGUGGAGUUCGGCUCGCCCUUCUCCGACAUGAUGCUGUUCAUCAAGACGGUGGUCUUCAACUUCGAGCUGCUCCACCUGAGCUGCCUCGUCUCAGAGGACCCGCUCGUCGAGCUGCUCAUCAAGCUGCUCACGCCCGCCUUCCUCCUCGCCCUCUUUGUCGGCAUCUUCUACGCCGACCGGUACGCGCGGCCGCGCAAGCACGCGCGCGGCGGCAGCGAGCCGCGCGACAGCUCCUCGGCGGCGCUGGUACGGCGGGCCGAGCAGCGGCACUCGCUCACCGGCCUCUUCAACACCUCGGGCCUCAUCGUGCUCACCUUCUACACGUCGAUCGCGCUCGCCACCUUCACCGCCUUCAACUGCUUCGAGGCGGACGACGGCGUCUACUUCUCCGCCUCGUACGAGGGCGUCGAGUGCUGGAGGGAGGAGCACGGCCGGAUGGUGGGCGUCGCCGCGGCCUUCAUCGGCCUCUACACCAUCGGCACGCUCGUCUUUUGCGUUUUCGUCUCGCUCCAGUAUAAGCGCAAACUGCUCCGCGACCCUCGCUUCGCGCAGCGCUUCCGCUUCCUCUUUGGCCGCUGGCGGGCGCAGGUCUACUACUACCAGUCCCUGCGGCUGCUGCGCAACCUGCUCCUCGCCGCCAUCCCGACGCUGCUGCCGUACGACGAGCCGCAGGUCCAGGUCACCCUGCUCGUCUUCGUGCUCUCCGCCUCUCUGGUCGCGCAGUUGCGGCUGCGGCCUUGGCGCGUCGACGCGCUCAACCUGCUCGACGGCGGCCUCACCGUCGCCCUCCUCCUCCUCCUGAUCAUCAUGGGCACCUCGCUCUGCACCUCCGCGGACGGCGUCGCGUCGACCGCCUGUGGCAUGGCGCGCUCGCAGUCCGUCGUCUCGACGCUCCUCGUCUCGCUCAUGAUGGCGGCCGGGCUGCUCUUCGCCGUCGUGCAGUGGCGGCGGUCGCUCUCGUCUUCCACCUCGUUCGACAUCUUCCUCAGCCACCACAAGGGCGGCGCCGGCAACACGGCGCGGCUGAUGAAGCUCUUCCUCUCGCAGGGCACGCGCGCGCGCGUCUUUUACGACGCCGACAACCUCAACUCGCUCGACCUGCUCUUCGAGGCCGUCCGCUCCUCGCGCCGCGUGGUCGUCAUCCUCAGCGCCGAGACGGCGCAGCGGCCGUGGUGCGUCGGCGAGCUGGCGGUGGCGUAUCAGUCGGGCGUGCCGAUCGUGCCGGUCGUGCUGCCGUCGGGCCAGCGGCUGCUCGACACGCUCGACGCGGGCAGCCACGCGCUCUCGGACGAGGCGCUCGAGCUGCUCGCGCCGUACGACAUCACGCGCGACGACGUGGCCGAGGUGAUGGAGCACGUCGUCUUCGCCCUCGAGAAGGAUUACUCGGAGAGCGCCGCCGACGCGACCCAGCGGGUGGUGCGCCGCAUCUGCGGCGGCGACGCCGGCGCCCCUCGCCAGUCCUCGGGACUCCUCCCGCGCGACCUGCUCGCCGACCUGCGCCGCUUCAAGCCGGACGAGCUGACCAAGUCGGCCGACCGCGCCUCGAUCGUCGUCGCGGGCGGCGGCGACGGGAUCGAGGCGGCGAGCGCGGCCGUCUACCUCAAGCUCGAGCUGCAGCGCUCGACGCAGGAGCCGGUGGCGCUCGCGGUGGUCGAGUCGCGCCGGCUGCCGCUCGAGGCGGUGGAGGCGCUGCAGCCGUCGUCCAUCAUCUACGUGGUGCUCACCGAGGGCGUCUUCCGCAGCGCGCCGCUCGCCGCCUUCCUCGCGCUCGCGGCGCGGCGCGGCGCCCUCCUCCAGCCGGUGACCACGCUGCAGGACUUCGCCUUCCCGUCGGCCGCCUUCCUCAGGCAGCUCGCCGUGGAGGGCGUGCCGCUCGGCGCGACGCGCGGGGUUGCCGAGGAGGCGCUCGACGCCUGCAUGCCCGAGGGGUGGACGUGGUCCGGCGCCGCCGCCGCGCAGGAGCGCGCCUCGGGGGACGAGGAGCCCCUCUCGACGGAGGAGGUGUCGGGCGCGUGGCAGUGCCUCUUCCGCCAGAUCGCGAUGCCGUGCAACCUCAACAGCUCGAGCGAGGAUGCCAUCCGGGAGCAGGUGGCGGCCCUCGUCGCCCGCGCCAGCUCGCGCCUCCGCCGCCAGCUCUCCGACAACCGGCACACGCUCGACCCGGCCGGCCACAGCUCCGGCCUCGCCCUGCGCCGGAAGGCCAGCACCCUCUGGACCAGGGUUUCCAGUUCCGGGAGUACGACCCCCGCCAGCAGCGGCACCACCACGCGGUACGCCCGCGGCGCCUCCGGCGCCACCACCGCUUCUGGAGGCCUCUCCAGCGGCGGCGGCGACAGGUACCGGAGGCCGAGCUGCUGCGGCAGCGGCGCAAGGUACUCGCGCUCCGUCGACGAGGUCGAGGCGGUGGCCGAGCCGCCGGCCGAGCUGCUGGGCGGCACGAGGCGCGGGUGGCGGAGCGAGCCCGCCGCCCGCCGCGCGGUGGGGUGGCGCUGCUCGGGCGCGCCCGUCGCCGAGGGGCGGGAGCACAUUGAGCCCGCCCAGGAGCUCGACCGGCUCGAGGAGCCGAGCAGCAGCGCCAGCGACGACGAUGGCUCGGCGGGGGCUCGCGGGGGUUCGAAGGUCUGA